AUGGCGCCCGCACAGCCAGAGCUGAAGAAGUACCUCGACAAGAGACUGUUCGUCCAGUUGAAUGGGAGCCGCAAAGUUAUAGGCAUCCUCCGCGGUUACGAUGUCUUCCUGAAUAUUGUGCUGGACGAUGCCGUGGAGGAGAAAGAUGGAGGCGAGAAGGUCAAGCUAGGGAUGGUCGUCAUCCGAGGCAAUUCCGUGGUGAUGCUAGAAGCGCUGGAGAGAAUUGGCGGAGACCGAGAUAAAUGA